AUCAGAGGCCUGGAGCCGAGAUAGAGAUAUCGUCGUGGGGGAGAGGUGGAAGAACAGUUUACUGGAGACAAAGCGCUCCUUGCAAGAAGGAUGCUGCAGCUGAGCCUGUCUUGGCUGGGACUGGGGCCCUGGGCAGCCUCCCCGUGGCUGCUCCUGUUGCUAAUUGGUGCCUCCUGGCUUUUGGCCCGCAUCCUGAGCUGGACUUACGCCUUCUAUGACAACUGCUGUCGCCUCCGAUGCUUCUCUCAGCCUCCGAAACGGAACUGGUUCCUGGGUCACCUGGGCCUGGCACAGGGCAACGAAGAAGGCAUGCAGCUGGUGGAGGAGCUAGCCUACCACUUCCGGGAUGUGCACCUGUGGUGGUUCGGGCCCCUCUACCCCAUCCUGCGGCUCGUGCACCCUAACUUCGUCGCCCCUCUGCUCCAGGCCCCAGCUGCAGCUGUGUCUAAGAAUAUGGACUUCUACGGCUUCUUGAAACCGUGGCUGGGGGAUGGGCUUUUGCUGAGCGCCGGUGACAAGUGGAGCAGGCAUCGUCGCAUGCUGACGCCGGCCUUCCACUUCAACAUCCUGAAGCCCUAUGUGAAGAUUUUCAGCAAGAGUGCAUGCAUCAUGCAUGACAAAUGGCAGCGCCUGGCCUCAGCGGGCAGUGCCCGUCUGGACAUGUUUGAACACAUCAGCCUCAUGACCUUGGACAGCCUGCAGAAAUGCAUCUUCAGCUUUGACAGCAAUUGUCAGGAGAACCCCAGUGACUAUAUCGCCGCCAUCCUGGAGCUCAGCAGUCUCAUAGUGAAACGGAAUCAGCAGAUUUUCCUGUUCAUGGACUUCUUGUACUACCUGACCCCCGACGGGUGGCGCUUUCGCAAGGCCUGUGACCUGGUGCACAGCUUCACGGACGCUGUCAUCCAGGAGCGGCGCCAGGCUCUGGCUAGCCAGGAUGUGGAUGACUUCCUCAAGGCCAAGGCCAAGUCCAAGACUUUGGACUUCAUCGAUGUUCUCCUUCUAAGCAAGGGUGAAGAUGGAAAGAAGUUAUCAGAUGAGGAUAUACGGGCAGAGGCAGAUACCUUCAUGUUUGGGGGCCAUGACACCACAGCCAGUGGUCUCUCCUGGGUCCUGUACAACCUCGCGAGGCACCCGGAGUAUCAGGAGCGCUGCCGUAAGGAAGUACAAGAGCUCCUGAGGGACCGGGAGCCUCAGGACAUUGAAUGGGACGACCUGGCCCAGCUGCCCUUCCUCACCAUGUGCAUCAAGGAGAGCCUGCGGCUGCACCCCCCGGUCACGGUCAUCUCCCGCUGCUGCACCCAGGACGUGGCGCUCCCUGACGGCCGGGUCAUCCCCAAAGGCAACGUCUGUGCCAUCAGCAUCUUCGGGAUUCAUCACAACCCCUCGGUGUGGCGGGACCCUGAGGUCUAUGACCCCUCCCGCUUCGACCCAGAAAACGACCAGGAGAGGUCUCCGCUGGCUUUCAUCCCCUUCUCGGCCGGGCCCAGGAACUGCAUCGGGCAGUCUUUCGCCAUGGCCGAGAUGAAGGUGGCACUGGCGCUCACCCUGCUGCGCUUCCGCGUCCUCCCAGACAGCACUGAGCCGCGCAGGAAGCCGGAGCUGAUCCUGCGCGCCGAGGGCGGCCUCUGGCUGCGGGUGGAGCCGCUGAGCGCAGGCCUGGGCUCCACCCGAGCCCACGCAUCCGCCUUAGCACAAUCCCGGGAAUAAACUGUGCUGUCUCCUCUGCCUGAGCCUUGCUGGGAGCCAGCAGGGGGCACUGCAGGGACCUAGGUGUUGGACCUGGGCGAGGCUCGGGUCUCUCUGGUUGGGUACAGGCCCCUCACUCACCAUGCUGAUGACGGGCUCUUCCCGAGCCCUGGCAUGGACUUUGCCCCACAGGCGCUAGGGAGCCAGGGGAGGUGUUAGAGCAGGAGAGGGACCGCGUUUAGAAUGAGCAUAGGGGAUACUGGCGGCUCCCAGUCUCAGAAGCAGGCUCACUGUAGCGCUGCCUGCCAAUCAUCCUAACCCUGAGUCUCCCUAGGGCAAGGUGCGGUUCAGUGUUGCUAUGGUUACUAAAUAAACAGACCGUGCGUGGUGGC